GGGUGUAUUUUGCGUAAGAACUCGAACAUGGCGAUCCACUGUAGCAGAAUAUGCCUGCAAUAUUUGAUACAUCUGGCCCAGGACAAUGUUGACUUCAGGCUACCGGAGAUUAGGUCGCUGCUGUCCCUCAGGGGCAAACCGUUUGAUCCAGGUGAAAACUUCAAAGAAAAGUCUCCAUUCUGGCUCCUGAAUGGCUUGUCAGAGGAAGAUGUCAACAGCAUCAUGGCCAGAACUGUUUGUGCAAAGUCUGCAUUUGAGCUGUGGGGUCAUGGCAGAACGCACAGUGAACUCAGGAACACGCUCUUGAAAUAUCCAACAGAGAACAUGUCACCCUUCCUACAGAAAGACUCAACAUACAAAAUCAAUGUCUACACUUUCAACAAGACUCUAGAGUUUGAAGAUAGAAUUAAGAAGAUAGAUGCAGGCACUGAUAAGCAGUAUGCACCUGGACAAGUUACCCUGUGGUCUUCCUCCCCAAGGCAAUGGAAUAUCUCUCCUUCGAGGGAAGGGUCAAUCUACGGAACCCUAAACACAUCUUCUGUCUGUUGGAGGACUAUGGAACUGACCCUAACGACAUCCCAGACGAGCCUCUCUACAUCUACUUUGGGAGAUGGAUUGCAGAUGGCCAGCGUGAGUUGAUUCGCUCUCACAGUGUGAAGAACAGGCACUUCAUAGGUAACACCAGUAUGGACGCUGGGUUGUCUUUUAUCAUGGCCAACCACGCCAGGGUCAAGGCUCACGACCUGGUCUACGACCCCUUCGUUGGGACUGGUAGCCUCCUGGUUGCAUGCUCUCAUUUUGGUGCAUAUGUCUGUGGAACGGAUAUUGAUUACAACACCAUCCAUGGGAUAGGAAAAGCGAGUCGUAAGAACCAGAAGUGGAGGGGUCCAGAUGAGAACAUCAGAGCCAACCUGCGUCAGUACGGCUCAGAGAAGCUGUAUGUGGACGUCCUUGUGUCUGACGCCUCCAAGCCUAUCUGGAGGGACGGAGUGCUCUUUGACGCCAUCAUCACUGACCCCCCGUAUGGGAUUCGGGAGUCAACCAGGAGAACAGGCUCUCAGAAGGACAGUGUGAAGCCAUCUGAAGACUACAUUGGAGACAGCCAUGUCCCCGUUUCCAUGGCCUACCACCUGAGUGAUAUAUUCACUGACCUGUUAAACUUCUCAGCUCAACACCUGGUCAUCGGAGGGCGGCUAGUCUACUGGCUACCAAUCUACAGGCCAGAGUACUGUGAAGAGAUGGUGCCCCUGAAUGCCUGUCUCAGACUGGUCAGUAACUGUGAACAGACCCUUUCCAGCCACACCUCCAGACGUCUCAUCACCAUGGAGAAGAUCAAGGAACCAGAGGAGACAGAUGCGCUGGCCCACCUGUCAGACCCUCACUUUAGCCCGUACCAAGGCCACAACGCCUUCAGGGAAAAGUACUUCAGCGGCAUCAGCAAGAGGACAUUGACAGGAAAGGAGGAGACCAACAAGAUGGCCGCCAACGGUGGGGAGUGAUGUAAGGAUCACAGGAUGGCCCAAUUCCAAAUGGACCCCUAAGCCAGUAUGCAAUUCUGCAGAGGAUCUGAAAGGUGCAAUCAAUAUGGUAAUAACUCCACCUUGCUGUUUGAUAGGCUAGAUGGAAGUUUCACCAUAUUGCAUAUACAAAUCGAAUUCUCACAGAUCUGCACAAGUGCAUUAGCUGAAGGUUCUAGGGCUCCAUUUAGGAUUGGGCCGAUACCUGCCUAUGGUUUACAAUGGACUCCAUGGGGACAUAGGGCUCCCUGUUUUAAAUCAAAUUUUCUAUUCAAAUAUGUUUUUUAUUAUUUGAUGUUUAUUGCCCUUUGUGUAAUAAUGAAUGUGAAUUGUGAACGAAUAAACACCAUUUUAAAAUGUAUUUAUUUAUUGGAGGCAGGAGAUUUAAGGGCUCUCAAUUUCCUAUAUCUUUCUGUGUUAUGUUUUGUUUUAUCCCAGCAAGCACAUUAUCAGAUUUGAUUCAAGAGGGCACUAAGUGUCCAGAGAACUGUUAAAGGGCUUUACUUUCAGGCAGCUGUAUCCAUGUACCAGAGGGCAUUUGGAUAACAGUUUCACAGUAUCCCUGCAAGAUUCCAGACGAGACAAGGGACAAACUUGUUCCUCACAAGUCUUUUCUCAAGCUUUUCUAUCCGGACAUUUAAAGAAACUAACGGUUCCUUAUUGUAAAGACACAAAUACUGGAUUAUUUUAUUUUAUUUUAUUUGAAUAAGUUUCUGAAGUGCCAGCCAUGGUUCGUUUGUUGUUUUGCCAUCACUUUCAGUGAAGGUGUUGUUUAUCUAACGUUGACUCUGAGAAGUGAUGCCAUCAUCUUGGCCACCCUGCACGGUGCAAGCCUGGGGGGGGGGGUGUGUGUGACUGAAGGAAAUACUUUUGUGGAGGGGGCUGUCUAUAAAGGAUGCCAUUUGGGACGCAGCCUGUAUCAUACCAGUCUACCUUUGACAAUGUGGCUAGAGUGAGAAGCAACCUAACUGUCUGUAGUUUCUGACAGAAAUCUAGACUGCACCGCUGAAUCAGGGAGGAAUAACUUUUUAGUUAAUUUUACCUAGCCGCAGCGAUCAGGCUGGUUCCCCCUGGCUUAAUGUGUUACCUGCUAAUUUGUCAAAUCUGAUUGACCUCUUUCAGUGGGUUACCAUCAUAAAAUAAUACAAAGUUAUUACAGGGUUUUUAUGAUCAUGAAAAGUCCAUUUCAAAAUGGUGUUUCCCAGGCCUGGAAAAGUCAUGGAACUGUAUUUAAUAAUUUGUUAAUUUAAUUUAUUUAGGCACAGUUUUUACAUAUUUGAUCAAUCAAAUAAAAAUAUCUGCAUAUCAGCCAG